AUCCAUGCUGGACUUCUUUUUUAUUUAGAAAUCUAAGUUUGUGGUAUUCGGCAAUUGUUGCAAAUUGUAUAUUUAACAAACAAACUUCAUAAAGUGAAACUGGUUUUGGCGAUUGGUAAUUGAAAAAGCAAACAAACUUGAAGUGAAGAAGGAUAAUUUUAAUAGACUAAAACCGAAUAUACCAUGUUGUGCUACAUCCGGAUGAAGAAUGAUUUCAGUAUGCAUGUGCCGUGCCUCAUUCUAAUAUUUAGUGCAAGACUUAUUGCAAGCAAAUCAGAAAAAUCAAGCUACGUUGACAGCACUUUUGCUAAAGUUUCAAAACGAGAUACUGGGGAUAUGAACAUUAUCAACGCUAAUGAAAAAGAGUUGCUCCACAAUUUAGAAGAUAACAUACACGAUCUUGUACACAGUACAAAAGCUGAUAAAACGAAGUUGAUGCCAUAUGACAUUGGCAGUGAUUAUAAUCUAGGUGGUUUUGAAUACAAAUCAAACGACGCUGUGAAUAAAGACAAUCGCAGGAGGAUCGAUCGACAUUCUGUCGUUGGGAGUCUUGGCAAAAGGGGACGAGUACCAAUGGGGUUUUAUGGGCAAUUAGGGAAAAGAGCACCCUUAGGCUUUUACAGCCAACUCGGGAAAAGAGCACCUCUAGGAUUCAGAAGCCAGCUUGGAAAAAGAAUGCCAAUGGGCUUUUUCGGUCAGUUAGGUAAAAGGGCCACCAGACGACUGCCCAUGAGUUUCGUCAGUCAGUUGGGCAAGCGGAUUCCAAUGGGAUUUGUUAGCCAAUUAGGAAAACGUAUGCCGAUGGGGUUCAUGAGUCAACUUGGAAAACGGUCGGGCGAUCAGGAAAGUGAUGAGAAUGUGUAUGUGCGAAAACGACGAUCAAUAGCAAUACCUUGGUAUUUUGCCCAGAUGAAAACUGCAAUACCGUCGAGAUACAUCCGGGGUGGUAUUGACCGAUACUCGUUCUUUUCUCGACUAGGAAAACGAUCAGAUAACCAAACUUCGUAGGAUGACAGUGUCGAUGCAGCCAAGUUUUAGGCAAGCCGACGUUCCGAUCUGUUCACAUUCACCAGCAGAUUCACUUCAAGAAAAGUUUCCACAGAAUGUAUUUGUGAUAUAUGUCACUCGCUCUGCAGUUUUUGUUUCGGUCAAUAACAAAAAAAAAACAAGAAACAAAAAAACUUAAGUUUCCAAAUAACAUUAAUUGCUUAAAAUUCAUGAUUGACAUUUAGGUAGAACAAAGUCAUGAGAAUAAUGGUAUUUUGCUGUUCGUUUUAUUUAUAUAAUAACAUCGUAUCUUUACAGAAUGUCGUGGUUGAGUUAACUUAAAAAAACAUUUACACAUGAUUUUGCUUUUUUGUUUUGGUAGAUCUGUCGACAGCAUCAGAUGUAAUAAUUAAAUAUAAAGGUAUAAAUACACAUGCAUUGUUAGUAAUAAUUUGAUUACACAAA